CAGAAAUAAGAAAAUAUUUCUAAACAGAAAAAUGUUAUGAAAUAUAUAAGGAAAAAUAAUUAACGUUAAAUAUGAAGUGAUGAAAACUCGACUGUUACGUCUUUCAAUCAGAAAUUGUAGACUACGUGGAUGAGUUGCAUGUAACCAAAAAAGUUGGCAAAAACUUGGAAUUCAAGAUUUUCAAAUUUGUUCUUACUAAUGGGAAUAGAAAAGUUUCAUGUGUAAUUUAGAAUGAAGUCAUCGCCAGACAUGAAAAUGAUAUUCAAAUGAAUAGAAUCCUUCAUAUUACUGAUGGGAUGUCCAAAAAAUAUUACAGGAAAGAUGAAAAAUUGGUACCUAUGGAAAUAACUAUUAUGGAGAGUACGAGAAUCGAUUACUUAGGCUUUCGUGUCGUCAGUGCUUCUGAAGCAUCACCUCCUAUAGAGCCAAUAGUAGUUGACUUUGAGAGUAUAUUGAACCAUGACCGUGAACUUAUAUCUAUUACUGGCUUUCUAAAGCAAACAUUUAGGGUUAUUCAUAGCCGUUUUGGCAAUAUGAGUUUUAGAAGUGCUGCCAUAACUGAUGCUAUCGUCAAAAUCAAAGUUGAGAUUACAAAUUACAGCGACCUGGAAUAUGAAGCUGGUUUAAAAGUAACCGUGAUUGGGGUACUUUAUUCAUGGCCCUCCAAGGCCUACACUACUUCUUAGCUACACCUGGUGCUCUGUGCUUUGGGUAUCGCCAUUGUGUAGCCUUCCUCGGGCACCGCUGGAAGUUGGUCACCCCAGGCUGCCCGCAGAUGUAGCAGCCCCUCAGCUGCGAUCGGAUUUGAGCAGCCUUCCGAUCCGGUGUGGUUUCUUCUCUUGAGCCGUCGCCGGGAGCGCUGCAGAGGACUCCUGUCCAUUAUCCACCCCCAGUAAGGCCUUUCCAUAGGCCCUUUGGCAUUAAGCCACCUCUGCCCACGUUCCGAGCAGCUCUUCUGCACCUUCGCGGUUCAUAAAACGUCUAAGAUGCUCAUGCAGCUGGAUGUCGACAGCUGGACGAGACCGAGGAAAUCCCUAUUAAUAUUUUCUCAUCACCUAUCCAGCGUCAUAAAAUGAUAUUUUGCGUACAUACGUUCGUACCGUUUGAUAUAAAAAUGUGUAAAAUUUAAUACAGAUAUUUUCAAACACACACAGUCAACCAAUAAUACGCAAUUCUAAUGAGCCACGGCUUAUUAAUGGUAAAACAACAAGCAUGCAAAAUUUGAUCAUGUUAUUGUGAAGUGCGAAACUUGAAAAUCUGCACGUUUAUUUAUUAUUCGUUCUUACACUUUUGCCACUUUAAUA